CACCAGCGCCAGCCCAAGCACCAGCAGUGCACGGGCGGCCGCGGCGAGGGACGUUUCUGGAUACUCAACAGCGUGCACGGGCCGAAGACAUUUCGACGGAGAAGACACUUCUUCUCCUCCAUCAUGUCUUGCAGAAGCACUAGUUGCCUCAUCUGCGUCUUUAUGGCAGUAGCCAUAGCAGCUGACUACAGUGGCUCGAAGUCCACGGCAGACUCGUCCACCGUGUCAGCAGUCGGUGAGGACGGGGAGACGGCGGCCGCGGAUCUGGCUGCCCUGCUGGACGCGAGUAGCGGCGCUGUGGUGACUCUGGUGGCGGGCGAGACGCGCCUGGUGGCGCACAGGGCUGUCCUCGCCGUCAGGUGCCCCGUGUUAGCCGCCAUUUUUGCCCAAGACGCGCCGAAGGCCAGCGGCGGCCAGGUCAGCGUCGCGGACGUGGAGGGCCCGGCGCUGCGUCACCUCGUGGCCUACUGCUACACUCUCCGGGCCCCCCAGCUGCGCGGCACCGCCCACCAGCUGCUGGCCGCCGCUGACAAGUUCGGCUUGCCAGCUCUCAAGUCUGCCUGCGAGCAGCAGGUGGCCACACAGCUGUCCGCGGAGACUGCGGCGGCCGCAGCUGUGGUCGCAGUCAGGCACGGCUCUGACAGCCACAGGCAGGCCGUCGUGGCCUUCGUAAAGGCCCACCUGCUGCACGUGGUGGCCACCCGGGGUUGGACAGAGGCGAUGCAAACCCACCCCGAGGACUUGCUCGAAGUGAUUCGGCUGAUGUCUCGUCCAUCAAACGAGACCAAAUGCAGGCAGCUGACUCCAAGGACACCAGUGCCUUUCAAGGUGAAGGAAAUCCUCCCAGCUUCACUCCACUUCACUUCAAUAAAAAUAGUUAAUGCUGUUAAUAAGUCUUCUCCUAUUCAGAAUCACAUAUAAUACAAAGCACUCACACAUCUUACUUCGAGCAACACAUUGAAGCAAUCCUGCAUAUGAGAGAGUGAAACAAAAAAAUGUACAAAGAAAAGUGAAUGAUGUUUUUUGAUCAUUUUUCUGCUCCUUACUGACCACUCAUAUUUAAUGGCUUUGCUGACGUACAUAGACAGUCCUGGCUUCUGUCAUAAUUGCUGUUUCAUUUUUUUGUUCUUUAAUAAAUUCUAACUGUACCACAUCCCAGUGGUCUUUCACAAUGUACCUUCACAUUGUUAUCCUGACAAACUUUUGAAGGGAUGAGCUCAACUCAUUAAAGCUUAUGAGUUUCACUGCAAUCAGUCGAAUGGUAUAGGAACAAACAGAAGAAAAAGAAAGAUGUAUUCAUAUUUAUAGUUGUUGUAUUUAAGUACGAAUAAAUAAAGUCAAAACUAGAAAAUUA